GGCGCUCCCUAGCUCCCUCUAGAAUCUCGAAUAAAGCCGCGAGACUUCAACUGAACCUCCCUCUUUUGCGUCAUCAGCUAAGAUGCCAUCCAGAUUGAGAAAAACCAGGAAGUUAAGAGGACACGUUAGCCAUGGUCAUGGCCGUAUUGGCAAACACAGGAAGCAUCCUGGUGGUCGUGGCAAUGCUGGUGGUAUGCAUCAUCACAGAAUCAACUUUGAUAAAUAUCAUCCAGGUUACUUUGGAAAAGUUGGUAUGAGACAUUACCAUCUAAAGAAGAAUCAGUUGUUCUGUCCGACCAUAAAUCUGGAUAAGCUAUGGACGCUGGUCAGUGAACAGACCAGAUUAAACUAUGCCAAGAAACCUGAAGGACCAGCACCUGUUAUUGAUGUUGUGCAUGCUGGUUACUAUAAAGUCCUGGGCAAAGGAAGACUACCAAAACAGCCAGUCAUUGUCAAGGCAAAGUUCUUCAGCAGGAAAGCUGAAGAGAAGAUCAAGGAAGUUGGUGGAGCCUGUGUAUUGAUGGCAUAAAUUUUAUAAUUGGGUCUACAAAUAAAAUACUGUCACUUUUAAA